UUUGAUCAAGUAACUCUGUAAUAACGGCUCUGUGGGUGUGAUGUUUGUGUCUGUACUCAGAACGCAGAAAAAUAAGCGUAAAAAUUUGCAAUUGUCGUCGCUAGAAUCGCAUAAAUGUGAGUUAAAUUGAAGAGUGGUUGGGACUGGACGUCGUGAAUUAACUUCAGAAACUUUGGUAGCUGGCAAAGUUUAAAAUGGAUAGCCCGUGGUGCGUGUGCUGAAAAACUAACCCAUAAAGUUAUGGUGUGAGCGAUUUAACAGGACAUUGUACGUUUACCACUCAUAGUGUUGAGAAAAAGUUUCAUUAACUGAACGUGGCUGCUGAUAAUGUCAGCAUCAACAGCUGCAGCCAGAGCAUCCCAGCAGCGCGUCAAGCACAGCGGCUCCCCAACAGCCGCCUGCCCCUCCUGUAGCAACACCACGGUCCGGUUGCAGCCUAUCCGCGCCACGGUGCCGUACCAGCUUUUGCGUGGAAAUCAGCACAGCCCAACCCGCUCCGCUUCCUCCUCCUUCUCAGUAGCCGGGAGCAACACAGGACCGACGACGUCCCGUUGCUCCAGUCCCGCCAACCCGGGUGGAAGCGGCUCGGACGGCAGGCUGGUCCCCAGGCAGAGACUCUCACCGCCGGACAGCAGGAGCUCGCCAGAACGAUCUCCCCAUUCGCCUGUUUCCAAAGUUGAAAGGGCAAACUCCCAGCAGGUGCGGAGCUCAGGGGCCAUUUGGUGGACUUCCUCCCUGGGCACUAUCACUGGGCCCUACCUCACUGGGCAGUGGCCUUGUGACCCCCAUGUGCGCUAUCCAUCUUGUAUGAAAGAUAAAUCCACACAGACUCCUGGAUGUUGGAGUAAGGAAACCGGAGAGAAGAGGAGCACCCACCAGCGCUCUGCGUCCUGGGGCAGCGUCGACCAGCUCAAAGAGCAGAUUGCGAAGCUCCGGCAGCAGCUCCAGCGCAGUAAGCAGGGAGGACGUCACAGUAAAGACAAGGACCGACUGUCCCCCCUUCAGUACACCAUCCCCUACACCGCCCUCACCAGCACCACCAACCACACCUCCACAGCCAGCCACGUUCAGCAGUUUUCCAUGUCGAAGUCGGCCCAGAUGCCGCUGUCUAACAUAACAGUGCCAAAGCCCUCCAUCUCCAGGGUGCCCAGCAGCAUGGAGGGCAUCAACCAUGAGCUGGAGAAGGUCUUUAUCAAAGACAAUGGAGAGAAGGAGGAGCUCAAGUCCCUGGAGGUUCCUGAUGGCCGGCGGGCGCCCUUCCCUCCCCAGCAGCGCAGCAGCAGCACCCGCAGCGUCGACACCCAGACUCCCUCGGCCCCCGGCCGGUCCAGCAGCUGCUCCAGCCUGUCGCCCUGCCCCUCGCCUGCCUGCCCACCGGGAUCACACGACGGCAGUCCUUACUCCACAGAGGAUCUACUGUACGACCGGGAUAAAGACAGUGGAAGCAGCUCACCACUGCCUAAGUUUGCCUCCUCACCCAAACCCAACAACAGUUACAUGUUUAAGCGGGAGCCACCAGAGGGCUGUGAGAAGAUUAAAGCUUUUGAGGAGAUGAGCUCCAGGCAGUCCACAUCAGCAUCAGUCCCCCUCUUCUCCUGCCCCGACAAAAACAAGGUCAACUUCAUCCCGACAGGCUCGGCAUUCUGCCCUGUCAAACUACCCGGUUCCCUGCACCUCAUCCCGGCCUCAGAGCCCGAGGAGGACGAGGAUAACGCAGAGGCGGGCUCAGUCUCAGAGCCACAGGGGGCCACGUUGCUCUACGGCGCCUCCACUCAGGUCUCCACGAGCACCAGCACAGACGACCCCCCGGAGGAGCCCGGCUUGCCCUCAGAGACUGCAGAUCCCCAGACAGACAGCCCAGCCAUCAGCUAGACCUGAGCAGAGCUGGCCUCUGACUCCGGGAUCCACGCUAGCGACCACCGACCAUCACCACUGACUGUUCCACCAACACCUCCCUCUGCUCUGCCAGGGGAGCCUCCGUCUCUCUGUGCUGACCCCUUCCACCCCCCCUAUCUCUGCAUGACUUAGCAACAUGUCCUGAAUAACCACCUCCGCCACCACAAAGACUCUCCACCUACAUGUUCUGUCCUGCAUAAUGUCUGAGCUGUUGUUGGCAGGGAAGGACCUGAUGGUUAAAGGUUAUAUGCAGGCAUCAAAGGGAAGAAUGGAGCACUAUAGAUGGGGGGAGGGGCCUGCAUUUUAAACCAGUAGUAUAUUUCUGAUUAAAUUAUGUGUUGUGUUCAGUUUUAACAUUCACAGUAUGAAUAAGCUCUCUAAACAUAUAUAUAUAUACACACAUAUAUCUCUAUGAAAAGAAAGAAAAAUGCUUGUUUUAAAAAAAAAAAAGAUCCAAAACUGUGUAUUGUUGUAUUGCUAUGUACCGAACAGGAAAAACAGCUGUACUAUUCAGGAUUAUGUUUACAAUAUCCAGGUCAUAUUGUUAAACCCUCUCUAAAAUGCAAUGAGAGAAUAAUUUGGCAGAGAGAAAAUGGCCUCAAAUUGGUUGCACAGUGUCUGCAUCUGGCCGUGCUUCAGGUAUUUCACAAUCAGAGUCUAUACUCAGGUAAUUUGGAAUGUAUGUCCAUACAAAUAUCUGCAGCUUAACUAAGCAGAACAGAUUCACCCUCAUUUAUUCCUGUUUUUUCUCAUUCCCAAGACGAAUCAUUCCUUUCUGUUCCAGAGUCCAGUCUGAGACUAGACUCGUUCUAGCUAGCUGCGGAGGGUAAAGGCGUGGAUUAGCAGGCAUGCCCUCGUGGUUGCCUUCUCUGACUGGUGGUGGGAUACUGUACAGGACCACACACACUGAGUGAUGGUAUUAAUGGCUGUGUGUGUGUUGAUGGAAGCAUGCUGGACAGAGACUUGGAGACGUACAGCGGCUGGCUGUUUAUUUAAGCCUGAAGACAUUGUGUGAUUGGCUCUCCUGAGCCUGUUGACAGUGGACCAGAGGUGGACGAGUCUGCAGUACCGUCACGUGAAGAUACAAUCAAACUGAAGCAUUUGGUUCUUCCCGGGUGUAGAUUUGAGGUGUAGUUGUACAAACAUUUUUCUGAGCUAGAAAUGAUCUUAUUUGAUAAGUUAAACCUCCUUUUUUUAAUCCAAAUUGUGCAGCUUAACCUGAUUUAAUCAAGACUAGCGCCGGGCGAUACUGGAUUUCUGAGAUCGAUAACAAUAUUAGUUUUACUUUUUUAACACAAACACAAAGACAUUAUUGAUGAGAAUCCAUUGAAGUUGGAUUAUUGAAGAAUUCCCACUUGGAAAUUAUCUCUGUACUUAUCAGCCAAAAUUUCAUCCGAUACAAUAUCUGUGAUAAAAGUCAAUAAAAUUGGAUGUAUUAGAGCUGAUACUAAAAAUACUGUUUGGGUGAAUCAGAACUAGCAAGUAAUUGCCUGGAAAACACCCAUGCUAUUGAUAAGAUAUCCUGUUUCUGGUUUCUCCAGUCUGUGAGCAUACGAAAUUACUGCUGAACUGCGGCCAUUUAGGGCACAAGUAACCGACAUGGGAUAAUUGUAAAUAGUCAUAUAAAAUCAGCACAUACUGACCCAGUGAUGUCAGUUACACAGCAAUAUUUCAGUUUGCUCAUUUAAGCUAAUAUUAGCCACCAUAAGCUAGUAAUCUUACCAGACAAAGCAAGACUGUAGCAGUAAAAGAGUGUGUUUUGGCACUUAUGAAUUUCCUCUUUUAAAAGCCAUUUGGUCAUAUAGAACAGGAGCACAAGCUAAGCAUUAGCCACCAUGCGCUAGGGCUGCCACUUCUCAAAAAAUUCAGUUUGAAUGGAUGAGAAGUAACGCGCACUUCCUAGGAAUGAAUUCAACCCACCUUGCCUCAUUUCACAAUAUGUUGACUUGCCACAGGGUUUACUCUGACAUGUUAUCAUGGUAAUGCUAAUGGAAGGCAGUAGCAUUUUUCAGCAAGUCAGCAAACAGCCCUGCCUUUAUUCAUUUGUCCAUCCACGGUGUCAAGAGUAAGAGAGUGAAUCCAUUCGUCAGGUGGACACAAACACAAUUCCAGAUGAAUGCUAAUAAUGCUAAUAAGCAAGUGUUUGCCAACACGUUAGCUGCAACAACCUGCUAGCAAGUGAAUAGGUAAAUGAUAGGUCGAUGUGUUUUACCCAGCGCUAGGCAAUAAUGGCUGUUUGCACAAGCUAAAAUUCUAGCCGUCAAAGAUGAAUGUUUGUACAACUUUUAACCCCAGCCUGCAUAUCCAAACUUAGACUGUUCUGAUAAUCCAGAUAAUUGCUGUUCCAUAGCAUUCCAUGAGAUCUUAGUAUCCAAGGCAUAAAUUGGCUCAUGAUGAUCCAUUCCUAAAAUAUCUCUCAGCCUUUUGAUUUGAUCGCUGUAAGAGACUAGCUACAGUACUAAGAGGUGUUUGGUUGCACAUACAGUAGCUCUUUCAUCCGUUUCAUGCACAGAUAAAAGGAUCACACUGGCCUGCCUCCCUCUCACUGUCUGUUAAUAAUGAGUGUUGUAGGCACCCUGAUGCUACCACCAAGCAACAAAACCUGAACAUCUCAUGUACUAAACACCAUCCUCCAGGCUGUUAAAUGACCAAGUAUAAAUGAUCCUCAACUUUAAUUUGCAAGUGUGAAAUAUAACCCCCAUUUAUUUUAAUAUCUGGUGUGCUUGUGGAAUCCCUGCAUUUACGCUCCAUUCAUAUUUUGUAUAUAUGUGGCUUUUAAAGAGGCUCAAUGCAAUGUUGUGGUUUCUUAAGGCAUUUCUGCACCUUACCAAGAGCUUUGGCUUUCCCAAUGUCUCACAUAUACUCGGCAUUGGUAAACUAGAUGUGUGCAAUAAUAGGAUAAAAAAGGUAUUGUCCUCCCGGAUGUUGUCCGUUCUUUGACACAAGCGUCUCAUCUUGCAUUCCUUUGGUUUUGAGCAUGGGGGCUGGAUCAGCAAGUAGUUUGUUGCUAAAGCCAUCAACUGAUACAAAACCAGCACUGAGAGUGACCAGAGCACAUCACUGGCAGGUCAGAGCGUUCAUCGACUCACUACAUGAUACUCCUUGUGUAACCUGCAGUGUCAAAGUUCAUGCACAAUGGCAAUAAAAAAAAAACUAUUGGG